AUGUCUGAUACUGAGCUGUAUCAAUUCAAUGAAGAAAAAUGGAUGGAGUGGUGUGCAGAUGUCAUGAUUGAUGAGCAAAAGACACUGAAAUGUCUUCAGAGGUUGCAAUAUACCAGUGCAGAUCUUCCCAAGGAAAAGGUGCUUUCCAAAAUUCGGAAUUAUCUACAACUUCUUGGCAGAAAGAUAGAUGAAAUUGUACAGGAACAUGAGGAGUCAUAUAAGCAAUCUAGGAUGACUAUGCGAUUGUGGAAUUAUGUUUCCUCCAUUUAUAAUUUGUCUGGUGAGAGACUGCAUCAGAUUUAUUCUAAACUUAAACAGGAGCAGAAUGCUGUGGCAGGGGUGGGGCCCUCCCACCUCAAUGGUUCUGUUUCUGGCCCCAUGGACAGAGAUAGUGAUCCCAGUCAGUGCCCCUCGUUCAGCCACAGUAAUGAUAAGCCUAGAGGGUACAUGAAGUUUACAUUGCACCAACCUUCAGAAGCAUUUCACAAAGAGCAGGAUACUGGAAAGUCAGAAGCUUGGAAACGGAGAAGAAGAAAUGAUGUUAAUGUCCAGUCCUCGUACCAACCUCUCGGCAAUGGUAAUCGGUUACAUCAAUCAAAUGCUUCUGGAAUUCUUGGGCGGGGCCCAACAGACAGUAGAUUCUUUACUGGUGAGAGACACCAGACUCGUUUCCCUGCUGGGCAAAGUCGACCAUCAGAUAUCAAAUAG